AUGUCUCCUUUUGUAGCUUCACGUGGUAGGAGAUGUAGGUCUUCGGUUGGUUUGUUCAAGGUAGAUGAUAUUGAUCUUAUUGGUCCCGAGUUGGUUUAUGAAGCUAUUGAGAAAGUCUCUCUCAUUAGGGAGAGGUUGAGGAUGACUCAAAGUAGGCAAAAGUCUUAUGUUGAUUCAAGGAGAAGGGACCUAGAAUUUGAAGUUAGUGAUAGGGUCUAUUUGAAAAUCUCUCCUAUGAAGGGUGUUAUGAUAUUCGGCAAAAAGCAGAAACUUAUUCCCCGGUAUGUCGGCCCAUAUCAAAUUUUGAAGCACAUUGAAAAAGUUUCAUAUGAGUUGGAAUUGCUAAAUGAGUUGGCCCCGGUUCACCCGGUAUUUCAUGUUCCUAUGCUUAAAAAGUGUAUUGUGGACCCGGUGUCCAUUAUUCCUCUAAAAGGGUUAGGAGUUGAUGAAACCCUUUCCUAUGAAGAGGUUCCAGUAGAGAUCAAUGACCAAAAAGUCAAGAGAUUGAUAAAUAAUGAAGUAGAUCCUGUGACUGUUUUAUUGAGAAAUUAG